AUGGCGAACGAACAUCAGUCGCCAUCUCCUAAUUCCGAUGCUCAGCGACUAUCAGCACUAUCGACUCGCCAAGAUGCUCUACACAGUGAGGAUCCCACAUUGAUUUCAUCAACAACGCCUGUGCCGUCAACGUUGCAAGAGAAGCAUUCUAGCAUUGGAGCAGACCAUGUCAAGCUUGAUUUGAACGAUCACCUGACGCCACACAAUGAUUCCAGCAACCUAUUUGCAUUUGUACCAUCGCAACUAUCCGCGUUAAUGGAUCCAAAGAACCUGCCCUUGUUACACGCCUUUGGAGGUUUGCAAGGUGUCGCAAAGGGUUUGCAUGUGGAUCUGCAAACAGGCCUUGUGCCAAACCAAAAGAUCCAAAAUCAUGUGACCUUGAAUGAUUUGCAACCACCCGCCACAUCCACUUCAAAUACAGGUCCACCUGAACCCCGCAUUCGCCAUCGCUCAAUGACAGUCCUCAGUACAGCCACAGGUGCCACAAGAACUGAACCCGCCACUGCUUUCCCUCAACGUGUGGCUGUCUUCGGUGAUAAUGUUUUGCCUGAAGUAAAGGCAAAGAGUAUCUUCCAACUCAUGUGGAUGGCUUUUCAAGAUAAAACUCUUAUCUUGCUUACCAUUGCUGCCAUUGUUUCAUUGGGUGUUGGUCUCUAUGAAGAUAUCGCUGUGCCUGAAUACGAUUCCAUGGGCAAUCGGAUACCCGGUGUCAAGUGGGUGGAAGGUGUAGCCAUUCUUGUGGCUGUCAUCAUUGUCGUCCUUGUCGGCAGUGUCAAUGAUUUUCAAAAGGAACGCCAAUUCCGCAAAUUGAAUGCCAAAAAGGAAGAUCGUGCUGUCAAGGGCACACGUGAUGGUGUCAUUAGCAUGGUUUCUGUACAUGAUAUCCAAGUCGGUGAUAUUUUGCAUCUUGAACCUGGUGACAUUGUUGCUGCCGAUGGUAUCUUUAUCGAAGGCCACAACCUCAAAUGUGACGAAUCAGCUGCCACCGGUGAAUCUGAUGCUGUACGAAAGCAAAAUUGGGAAACAUGCUAUCGUCUUGCCCAUCCAUCUCCCAAGGAAUCAUCAUCUGAAUUGGACUUGAUCAACAAAUCAGCCAAGCCAGCCACUGAAAGCAAAUCAAAACCUGAUCCAUUCAUCAUCUCUGGUGCCAAGGUGCUUGAAGGCGUAUGCACAUACAUGGUUACAGGUGUAGGCGUCAACUCUUACUAUGGUCGCACCAUGAUGGCAUUGAGAUCAGAACCUGAAAGCACUCCUUUGCAAGAAAAGCUAAACCACCUCGCCGAAGUCAUUGCCAAACUUGGCUCAGCUGCUGGUUUACUCAUGUUGAUUGUCUUGUUGAUCCGCUAUUUCGUCACUUGGAAAGAUGGUGUUCCAGACCAAGCUACAGACAUUGUCAUGGACAUUAUGAAGAUUCUCAUUGUUGUUGUCACCAUUGUUGUCGUUGCUGUACCUGAAGGAUUACCACUUGCUGUAACACUGGCUCUCGCUUAUGCUACACAACGUAUGCUCAAGGACAACAACCUCGUUCGUGUACUCGCAGCAUGUGAAACCAUGGGCAAUGCAACCACCGUAUGCUCUGAUAAAACGGGUACAUUGACGCAAAACAAGAUGGCUGUAGUGGCUGGCACGCUUGGCGCUUCAUUCCGAUUCCUUAAGGAGGCACCCAGUGAUCGUGAAGACUUGCAUGAUAUCAAUCAAGUGGAAGAAAAGGCUCCAAAACAAGUGCUCAACAUGUUGAACCAAUCCAUUGCUCUCAAUUCAACUGCAUUUGAAGGCAAAGAUGAAAACGGCCAAGAUUGCUUUGUCGGCAACAAGACCGAAACGGCCCUUUUACAAUUCUCUCGUGACAUUGGUUCAGAGCACUAUGAUUCUAUCCGUAAUGCCUAUGCUGUGGAACAAGCUUUCCCUUUCAGCUCGGAGCUCAAGGCAAUGGCCACUGUUGUACGAAUUCAAGAUCCCAAUGAUUCAAGUCGCACCAUCUAUCGUGCUCAUAUCAAGGGUGCUUCAGAGAUUUUAUUGGAGCGAUGUUCAUCGAUUGUCAGCUUGCAGCCCAACAACUAUCGUGACGCCACCCAUCCACAUGAUGUACGCACACGCAAACUCACGUCUGAAGAUCGCACACGCCUUGAAAACAUUAUCCAAAGCUAUGCCACUCGCAGCUUGCGUACCAUUGGUAUCGGUUAUCGUGACUUUGAACAAUGGCCACCAGCCAACAGCAUCCAAGUGGGUGAUGAAAUUGAAGUUCCUUUUGAUGACUUGGUACAAGAUUCACAAGUGACUUUGCUUGGCAUUGUGGGUAUUGAAGAUCCAUUGCGUCCUGGUGUCAAAGAAGCUGUCAAGGAUUGUCAACAAGCAGGCGUGUUUGUUCGUAUGGUGACAGGUGAUAACCUGACUACAGCCAAAAGCAUUGCCAAACAAUGCGGCAUCUACACCACGGGUGGCGUUGUCAUGGAAGGUCCCGUUUUUCGUAACUUGCCACCUGCAGAGAUGGAUGCCAUUUUGCCACGUCUACAAGUCCUCGCACGUUCCAGCCCUGAAGAUAAGCGUAUUCUUGUGAGCCGUUUACGCGACUUGGGCGAUGUGGUGGCUGUUACCGGUGAUGGUACCAAUGAUGGUCCUGCUCUCAAGAUGGCUGAUGUUGGUUUCUCCAUGGGUAUUGCUGGUACUGAAGUGGCCAAAGAAGCAUCCAGUAUCAUUCUUAUGGAUGACAACUUUUCAAGUAUCGUCAAGGCUAUUGCAUGGGGUCGCUGUGUCAAUGAUUCCGUCAAAAAAUUCUUGCAAUUCCAGCUUACUGUCAACAUCACCGCUGUCGUGCUCACCUUUUUGUCAUCCGUUGUCAGUGAGAACCAAAAAUCAGUACUCACAGCUGUUCAGCUGCUGUGGGUCAAUCUUAUCAUGGAUACCUUUGCUGCAUUGGCUCUUGCCACUGAUCCACCCACUCCCGAACUCCUGCAACGUAGCCCUGAAGCUCGCUCCAGUCCGCUGAUCACGUUCAAGAUGUGGAAAAUGAUUAUUGGACAAGCCAUUUUCCAGAUUGUCGUCAUGAUUGUAUUGCUUUACAGCAACGUGCUUGAAUACCCAACGGAGAGCCCACUCUUGCAAACAGUGGUUUUCAACACGUUUGUCUUUUGCCAAAUCUUUAACGAAAUCAACUCUCGUUGCAUCGACAGCAAUCUUAAUGUGUUCAAGAACAUGUUCGCCAACAAGUUCUUCAUCAUCAUUUUCGUUAUUUGCGUCGCUGGCCAAGCACUUAUUGUCAACUUUGGCGGUGCUGCAUUCCAAGUGACACCUAUUGAUGGCAUCCAUUGGCUUAUCUCCGUUGCUGUGGGCUUCUUGUCAUUGCCUAUCGGUCUUGUGAUUCGCUUGAUUCCCGACAAUGUCUUUGCAUUUAUCCUUGUCAAGCGUAGUGCUCGUGAACGAUACCUUGGCCAUGCACAAAAGGUUCCUUCCAUGUAUAUGGCAGGUAACGAGCGCCUAUCAUGGAAUGCAAAGCAUCAUCAAGAUACUUUUGAGGAGGAGAACCAAUACACACAAUACUCGUACACGUCGCGGUCAUUCCAUCAGCACGACUAA